CAAAAAAUCAAAGUUUGAUUACAAAAAUUCCAACUAAUUCCAGAAAAUUUAAGUUAGUCCAAAUUCCUAUACCAAAAAUCCUUAUUAAUUCGAAAAACUCAAAAUUAAUUCCAGAAAAUUAAAAUUACAUCUAAAAUGUCUAAAUCACCUUACGAUAAAUCCAAAUCAAAUAAAAAAUGCAAAUUACAUCUAAAAAGUCUAAAUUACGUUACAAUAAAUCCAAAUCAAAUACUAAUUUAACACCACUAAUUGCCAGAUGAGUAGGUGUCAGGAUUACUUGCACAAUUAUCAAAUACUAAUUAGCUUGAAAACUCUGCACCAAUAAUCCAUAAAUAGUGUCAAUUUUCAUUAGGGAAAACUGGAUCGGUUAAUGACCUGAUGAAGGUGAUGAUUAAAGUUGAUUACCAGCUGCCUCUAAAAUGGACCUAGCAUACUAGCAUAGUAUGCAAUAGCAUUAGUCCCCCCAAAUUGCUGGAAGAACAUUAAUCCCACACCAACCUGGGAAAUCAAAUAUACACAGAUCAGAACAGAAUUGGGCUGCGAAGUAAUCCCGAGUACUCCUAUAUCAAAUCGAAUGAGAGUUUUAAAGAACAUGGAUUUCAAUGCUUACAAUGAGAGCAUGAGCAUAUUUGAGACAGCAAUCAUGCUCAUUCACAGAAUAGCCUAUGAGGCACAGCACUCAUAAUAAAAACUCAGCAUUGUCCCGAUUACCAAUGUAUAGCCUUGUGAUAGGGUUUAUCAUAAUAAAAUCUCAGCAGAAGGGAAUGAUAUAUCCCUAACCAUAAUACAUAUAAAAUCAACUCAUGCAUGCUGUCAAAAGUACUAAUACUUCUCACCAACAAUGCCUUAAAGGAAUGCAACCGUUACAAACAGACAUUAAUGAAAAGUAGAAGAAAACAAAGAAAGCUGAAAGCUUCUCACACUGAAAAUACCCUUCCAUUUACUCCUAAAUCCAUCCAAUCCCAUGUGUGCCACAACACGGAAAUAUGCUCCAGAAAGCAAUACAAAAGAACUGCAAGGUUUCCUCCAAACACACCUCUCGGUCUGGUUCAGGAAACAACACAUAGCACAAUCUUGACAUCCCACCAACAAUGCCACCAUAAUUCUGUAACUUUGAUUCCAUAUCCUCCAACCUAAGCUAUGUAGCCAUGUACCUAUGCCUAUCUGUUCACAAGUACUCUACCCUACUAAAGAACUCCAAAAAUGGUUUGUUGAAGGGAACAUCUUAACAGUAAAUGCAACCAAUAUAGCAAUUCACUCCACGAUCAAUUCUCCAGUUCCACCACAUCACAUCGAGUCUUUGCCACGAACCCCAAUUCUGAUCAUGACUUAUGUACAACACAACACUGCUAAGCCAUUAAGAAAAAGAAUUGACCAAAGCCAGCAAUUAAUAAGACCUCUGAAAUGGCAAGCAAAAGCUAGCACUAAGAAAUAGUAGGAGCAGGUCCUGAUCAGAUGAGUAUCAUUACUGCCAUUUUGACCUUGAGUUUGUGAUUGAAGCAGGAGAAGGACGCUAAGACAGGAAAAGUGAGAUGAACCAGUCGAACCUGGGUUUGGGGAGCAGAGAAGCUGGGUGUGCGGAAUCCGAUUCAGAGGUGGGUCUAUUUUCCCUCCUCACCCAUCAAUCUCCUGCGGAUGUGCGACACGUCGUGCGAGUUCAGCUGCGCCGGGGAGCGAGAACGAGGAAGGGAAGCUGCUGCGGCGGGAGGCAGGGGAGGGCGGCGGCGGAGGGCGAACCCGAGUGCUGGACCAGCGCAGAGGAUGAAGGAGAUGCGGCGGCAGGUGCUGGGUCGAUGAUGGAGAUGAUAGCGGAAAGAAGAGAUGGGGCCGAAAUGGGUUGGGGUAAUUAGGGAUUUAAGUGCUCCACUCGCCGGCUGGAACUUCGUCGGGUGGAACUCGAUUCGGCGGCUAGACCUUCGACAGGUGGAACGAUUCGUCAAUGCUGCUUGAUGUUCGCCGGAUGGAGGGGGAGAGUGAGGCUGGACCGUUUCUGGACCGUUUCGUCGCUACUGCUUGAUGUACGCCGGCUGGAGGAGAGAGAGAGAGAGGCUGGAUGACGGAACGAUUCGUCGCUGCUGCUUGUCUUCGCCGGCUGCUAGUGGUCUGGGGGUAGAGGAAAUGAAGAUGAGAGGUGGGGGCUGCUGGAGGGAUAGGGAGACAAUGGCGGCCGCUCGUGGUAUGAGAGAGAGGGAGAUGAUGAAAGUUGAAACUCGUGGUCUAGGAACUAAGAUUUCAAUGGCAAGGAGCGGAGCAAAACCCAAAAAGUUGGGGCUGGGGGAUUUCGAACGAUGGACCUCAUUUAUGAUCAGUGCCAAAUUUCCGGGAAAAAAUCUAAAAGUACUAC